AUGGCACCAAAAAGGAAGACAGGGAAUGUUGACCACGAGGGUGACUACAACUUAGUUGAUAAUUUAGCUGGUUUGAUUCAGCAACAGUCUAGAAUGCAUGGCGAACAGAUACAAAAAAUGUUCGAUAUGCAACAGCGAACCCAUGAACAAAACCAACAACCUCCUCCCCAAGCUAGACACGAUAACUCUCUUACCGUGUAUGAGAAAUUUCGUAAAAUGGAACCGGUUGAUUUCUAUGGUGGGUCUGAUCCUAUGGUUGCAGAAGAAUGGGUUAAAUCUCUAGAUGUCAUCUUUGACUACAUGCGUAUCGAAGAUUCCGAGAAAGUACUUUGUGCCAUUUUCCUAUUGAAGAAAGAAGCUAGAACUUGGUGGGAGGGUACAAAACUUGCAGUGGAUAUGGAGAAGUUGACAUGGGAGGCAUUCAAAACAAUCUUUUAUGACAAUUAUUUCACGAGGGAUGUCCGGUCACUCAAAGUAAAAGAGUUCUUAGAAUUGAAGCAGAAUGAAAUGUCCGUAUGUGACUACGUGCGAAAAUUCGAGGAGGGUUGCAAGUAUGUACCUUACAUAGCUAAAGAUAACAAAGAAAAGAUGGAUCACUUCAUGAGAGGCCUCAACCCAGUUAUUAGAAAAGAUGUAAGGAUCUCUUCUCCAAACGAGUUUCGACAAGUGGUGGACAACGCAUUGAUGGCUGACUUUGAUGAGAAGGAAAUUCAGAAAUUUCAUCAACAGAAGAGGCAAACUUUUACUCCAAGAACUCAAUCUCAAUGGAAGAAACCAGAGCAAAAAUCAGGCCAAGUAAAUGAGAAGCGCCCUAGAGUUGUACAAAGUUCUACUACAGUUGAUAAGCCCAAGUGUGCCACAUGUGGGAAGAAUCAUUUUGGAGAAUGCUAUAGCGGUUUAAAUCGUUGCUUCAGGUGUAAGAAGCCAGGGCAUAUUGCAAGGGAUUGUCGCACCCCACCAGUCCAAGUUCAAGCGAGAGUGUAUGCAAUGACUAAAGAACAAGCUGAUGUAGAUGCAUCCGUUGUCUCAGAUUGGGCAUUAUACCAGAUACGUUGGAUGUGA